AUGCUAUCUUAUAAAUGGUGCAUUUGCACAUUAUCAAUCUUUGCUCUCUUCUCAUCCAUCACUGCUGCCGGAAAACAUCGAACACCUUCUCACAUCGUGGUUGAUCCGUCGGGAAAACACGGUUUCAGAAGCAUCCAAGCCGCCGUUAAUUCUGUUCCUUCCAAGAACCGGAGGUGGACUACAAUCGACAUCAAACAAGGCGUUUAUAGGGAGCAAGUUGUUAUUCCGUACGACAAACCAUUCAUCUACCUCAAAGGAGCAGGAAGGAAGAAAACCUUCAUUGUGUGGAAUGGCCAUGGCCCCAUCAAUGAAACCGCUACUUUCGUUGCUCAAGCUGACAACAUACUUGCCCGGGGCAUUACAUUCACUAACUCAUACAACUAUCCUCCAGAAAGAACUCGAAAUCCAGUAGAGCCUGCAGUCGCGGCGCUGGUCCAAGGCGAUAAAUCAGCCUUCUACCGCUGUAGAUUCUUUGGGGUGCAAGACACCUUGUGGGACGCUUACGGCCGCCAUUUGUACAGAAGCUGCACCAUCCAAGGCGCAGUAGACUUCAUCUUUGGCAGCGCUCAAUCCAUUUACGAGAGCUGCACCAUUUCAGCGGUUGCUGCAGCUCUGAACGGAAAAACCGGCUACAUCACAUCUCAGGGAAAAAACCAUCCUCAAGAUACAAGCGGCUUCAUCUUCAAAAACUGUAACAUAGUUGGAAAUGGUAAAUUCUUCCUAGGAAGGCCGUGGAGGGAUUACGCUAGGGUUCUAUUUUACAACACUGCCAUGGCAGACAUCAUAGAGCCUCUAGGUUGGGAUGCUUGGUCCCGCACCGGCUAUGAAUCGACGUUGAUGAUGGCUGAGUACAAUUGUAGAGGCCCGGGUGCGAAUACGUCGGGGAGAGUCAAGUGGGAGCCAAAGCUUCAAGUGAUGGAGGCGAACCGUUUGACCGACAUUUCGUUUAUUGAUGAUCAAGGUUGGGUGAAGAAGGCUUUCAAAAUUAUGGGUCGUCGUUGAGUGUUUUUUUCUUUUAUAAAAGAUGUAAUAGUCCUCUCGUCUACUCCCGUGAAGACUCGAUCAUCUAACCUAUUGGACGAAGAAGAAGUGUCUAACCGACUGGGCGUGCUCGAGUUGAGUUGAGUUGUUGCACUUCAUAAAUCAUAACCUUACCAAGAAAGCAUUCACAUGUUGUUUCUCAAUUAAGGAUGGGAUUUCUUUUGUUUUUAUUUUCAUAUUUUAUUUAAGUUAGAAAGUUUUUAAAUCAUUCAAUAAAUGGAACAAGA